UUCGGUGUGUCGGGGUGUGUGUGUGAGUGUGUGCGCUCCGAGUGUGUGUGUAUUUGUGUAUCGGCGGUCCCGCAGGUCCCGGAUGUUGCGCACAGUAUGAGGCGAGCGCAGGGCGACGGGGACCAGCAGCUGUCGCCGCCGCUCUCAGGGUGAAGAGGGAACAGAAAUCUUUGCUCCCUGACUUUGGAAAUCUCGUUUAACCUUCAAACUGGCGAUGUCAAGGGUUCCAAGUCCUCCACCUCCGGCAGAAAUGUUGAGUGGCCCCGUAGCUGAGAGUUGGUGCUACACACAGAUCACGGUAGUAAAAUUCUCCUACAUGUGGACCAUCAAUAACUUUAGCUUUUGCCGGGAGGAAAUGGGUGAAGUCAUUAAAAGUUCUACCUUUUCAUCAGGAGCCAAUGAUAAACUGAAAUGGUGUUUGCGAGUAAACCCCAAAGGGCUAGAUGAAGAAAGCAAAGAUUACCUGUCACUUUACCUGUUACUGGUCAGCUGUCCAAAGAGUGAAGUUCGGGCAAAAUUCGAAUUCUCCAUCCUGAAUGCCAAGGGAGAAGAAACCAAAGCUUUGGAGAGUCAACGGGCAUAUAGGUUUGUGCAAGGCAAAGACUGGGGAUUCAAGAAAUUCAUCCGUAGAGAUUUUCUUUUGGAUGAGGCCAACGGGCUUCUCCCCGAUGACAAGCUUACCCUCUUCUGCGAGGUGAGUGUUGUGCAAGAUUCUGUCAACAUUUCUGGCCAGAAUACCAUGAACAUGGUAAAGGUUCCUGAGUGCCGGUUGGCAGAUGAGUUAGGAGGACUGUGGGAGAAUUCCCGGUUCACAGACUGCUGCUUGUGUGUUGCUGGCCAGGAAUUCCAGGCUCACAAAGCUAUCUUAGCAGCUCGUUCUCCGGUUUUUAGUGCCAUGUUUGAACAUGAAAUGGAAGAGAGCAAAAAGAAUCGAGUUGAAAUCAAUGAUGUGGAGCCUGAGGUUUUUAAGGAAAUGAUGUGCUUCAUAUACACGGGGAAGGCUCCAAACCUCGACAAAAUGGCUGAUGAUUUGUUGGCAGCUGCUGACAAGUAUGCCCUGGAGCGUUUAAAGGUCAUGUGUGAGGAUGCCCUCUGCAGUAACCUGUCCGUGGAGAAUGCUGCGGAAAUUCUCAUCCUGGCUGACCUCCACAGCGCAGAUCAGUUGAAAACUCAGGCAGUGGAUUUCAUCAAUUAUCAUGCUUCCGAUGUCUUGGAGACCUCUGGGUGGAAGUCAGUGGUGGUGUCACAUCCCCACUUGGUGGCUGAGGCAUACGGCUCUCUGGCUUCAGCACAGUGCCCUUUUCUGGGACCCCCACGCAGACGCCUGAAGCAAUCCUAAGAUCCUGCUUGUUGUAAGACUCCGUUUAAUUUCCAGAAGCAGCAGCCACUGUUGCUGCCACUGACCACCAGGUAGACAGCGCAAUCUGUGGAGCUUUUACUCUGUUGUGAGGGGAAGAGACUGCAUUGUGGCCCCAGACUUUUAAAACAGCACUAAAUAACUUGGGGGAAACGGGGGGAGGGAAGGGCCCAGGACUCGGGGCUAUUCAACCUAAUGAAAACCCUGUUGCUGCGUCACUGUGUUCCCUUUGGCCUGGCCGAGUUUGAUACUCUGGGGAUUCAGUUUAGGCGCUGGCCCGAGGACAUCCCAGCGGUGGUACUUCGGAGAAACCUGUCUGCAUCUGACUGAGCAGAAUAAAUCGUCAAGUGCCUGGAGCAAAAAGGAAAAAAAAAGAAAGGACAUUGUGUUUUAACAGAAGGGAAAAGGAAAGAAGAAAAGAUUUUUGCAGAAUUUCUCAAAAAUCAGUUUGUGGAUUCCAGUAGUAUUUAGUCUUUCCAACUGUGCUAAAACUUGGAUAUUUGUGAAAACUCACCACCAUACAAGUAUCAGAAGAGCUCUCUUGUUGUUAGCACUUACUGUUUGCAAGAACAGAAUGCAUCCUUUUAUCCUUUUAUGAAAAAUGACAAGUGAAGGCAAAAGGGGAAGGUUAUUUGAUCUGGAAGAUAAGUGUUCUGAUGUGGUGGCUUUUGCAAAAAUCUUUAUUGGUGUUGAAAACUGGAAAAAAAUAACUCAUCCAGAAUUCAUACUGUCUUGACAAGAACCAUGGUUCUCUGUUUUUAGAUAUUGUGGAAAAUGUUUUUGGGCAUUUUUCUCUGAUUUUAUUUCUUCUCCCCCGCCCCUUUUUCUAAAAAACAAACAAACAAAAAAACACACAAAACAAAAACAGAACAAAAGAAGAGAAGAGAGAAGGAAAUUUUAUUAAUUAAAGAUGCUGUGUGAUAAAAUC